AUGGCCCUCGCGCGCCUCCCCGGCGAGAUCGUUGAGCUGAUCGCAGCUCAACACGCCGAGGUGCACCCUCCGAGUUUUAUCAGCCUCGCCUGCGCCAACAAGACUUGUUGUGCCUGCUGUCUCCCAGCGGCCAAGUCAGUCUUCUUCCACGCCAUCAAGAUUAUUAACGCCGAGAGAGCAGAGGACUUGGCUCCAGCCGUGAAGAAGCUCACCAAGAAACUCAAGCGCGCAAACAGUUUCGGCCAUGUCCGCUGGCUGGUGAUUGACAAAGAACUGCUCCAUAAAGUCCACCACCCCGGUAGGUUGGUCGACCGCUAUGAGUGGCAGCCGCCCACGAUGCGGGAUCUUCGGUUCGACGAUCGCGAAGAUCGGUGGGGCGCUGUGUACAGAGACUUGUGCGAGCCGCCUUACGUCCUGCCUGUUAGGAAUGAGCAAGACCUCGAGGGGGACCAUAAGCUGGAGGACGCCUGGAGUCCAGGAGCCAAGCUGAGAGCAAAGAUGCCUGCGCCGGAUCUCUCGAGCCAUAUCUGGCAAUAA